GGAAGGUCCAAUCGAUGUGUGUGAAGUGGAUAAAGAUAAAUACAUAGGGACAUUCCCCAAUCAUUUUCUUGAAGAAGGGAUAAGCAAGAGGUGAGCUGAGUGACUCGACUAAAAAUACUCCCUAUCCAGACAGCAGUGGCUGCCACGUGACCGUCCCCAUGGCGACCUACCACGUAAACAGAGGAAGGUCCUCCUAGGGCAGUCUUGGUAUGGCACCCGCCAGCUUCAGCGAUGAUUCUUCCUGGGACAGCGCCGUCAUUUCUGGAGGGACACUUCGUCCCGUCUGUGGGGACCAUAGAUCCAGGUCGGCACUUAACAUCAGGGACUAUGACAAGAGGAAACGACCAUCGAGUAAAAUGUCGGACACUACCCACUGCAACGCGGGCCUCAACCAGUUCCGCCGCAGCCUCCGGUUGAUCGGGGUACCGCCCCCGCCGAGGCCUCCUGAGCCGGCCCCCGUGCGGCCGCUGGUCAAGGCCGCGCGGCCCAAAGUCUUCACCAGGGUGGAGCGGAGGACCGUGUCCACUGAAGAUGUCAGAUCGGCCAUCCUCGAUGACAACAGGUCCGAAGCAGAAACUGCUAGUCGUGGACUUGUCUCUCGGGCCGUGUACGAGGAGUGGUACUUCAGAAAGCAACAGGAAGCCAAAGCAAUACGAGAAGCUAAGAUUCAAGAAGAAAAACAAAAGAGAUGGAGAGAAGAAAACGAAAAAUUAGAAAAAGAGAAGAAAAGUAAAUUAAAAUUUGAAGAGUGGUUGAAAAAUAAAGAAGAAAACAAGAAGAAUAAAAAAGAUGAUAAAAAAGGACCGAAAAGAUUUGCACCGAACAGGACUCACGGGGAUAAAGAGGCUAUAGAAGCUGCUUAUUUGAAAUGGAAGGAAGAAAAGGCUAAAGAAGCAGAAGCAGCUAGAAAGAAAGAAAUGGAAAAGAAAGAAGCAGAAGAAGAGAAAGAAAGAAAAAGGAUCGAAGCUCAGAAAGCUUUUGAGAUGUGGAAAAAAAAGGCUGAAGAAGAAAUGAAGAAGCAAGCCGCCAAGGAAGCAGCAGAAGAAAGACUGAAAGCUGAAGACAAAGAGAAGCAGAAAGAAGAGAGGCAGAAAGAAGCGGAGUCUUGCUUCAGGGCUUGGAGGGAGGCCAAGGACAGGGAGAUCAAAGAGAGGUUGGCUAAGGAAAGGAGGAAGGAGACGAAGAAGAAAGAGAAAGAGGAGCAGAGACAAACAGAAAGAAGGUACGAGGCAGAGCAGGCCUUCAGACAUUGGCUGGACGGAGUCCUGGAAAAGGAGCACCAAAGGGAUGAAGAAUUGUUAUCAGUGGAUACAAGAAUGGGAGACAAUUCCUUAUAUCCAAUAAUGAAGCGAAUCAAUCAAAUAUUUAUUUCUUGAUGAGUAAUAAACUCUAUAUCUAUUCAUUCUAU